AUGCCACUGCACAAGCUCGAAGCUUUGACAGCAGGCAACUUUUACCAGGCCAUUCGUAUCCGUAGGGCUCUGCUUUCAUCGAUAAAGGACACGGGCGACAACUGCGGCCGAAGUCUCUCGGACUCGGUGUUGCCAAUGUACCAUUACGACUACUCACAAGUACAGGGCAGAUGCGCAGAGAACGUGAUUGGUUACAUGCCCAUACCAGUGGGCAUAGCCGGUCCACUGCGGAUAGACGGUACAAGCUACCUCGUCCCACUCGCAACCACCGAAGGCGCACUGAUCGCCAGCACAAGCCGAGGAGCGAAAGCGCUGAACGCAGGCCAAGGCAUCCACACCGAACUGCUCGACGACGCAAUGACGCGAGCCCCGGUCCUGCAUUUCCCCUCUUUGCAGCACGCGGCCGCAACGACAAAGUUUCUAGCUUCGACGCAGGGGCGCCAAAUCCUCAAGACGGCGUUCGACUCGACCUCUGCGUAUGCGCGGCUGCUCGACGUGACGCCAAAGGUCGUGGGCAGUGCCGUCUACCUGCGCUUCCGCGCCACGACGGGCGACGCCAUGGGCAUGAACAUGGUGGGCAAAGGCGUCUCCCACGCCCUGGCCACCCUGCCACGAUACAGCACCCUGUGCCCGUCGCUCGCACACAUGCAGCUCUCGAGUCUCAGCAGCAACACAUGCACGGACAAGAAACCCGCGGCGACCAACUGGAUCAACGGCAGAGGCAAGAGCAUCUGCGCCGAAGCAACCGUGCCGGCCAAAGCGGUAGAGACGGUGCUGAAAGCAUCCGUCGACGCGCUGGUGGCCCUCAACACGAGCAAGAACCUCGUCGGCUCCGCGCUGGCGGGUAUGGGCGCCGGCGGCUACAACGCCCAAGCCGCAAACAUCGUCGCCGCUCUCUCCAUCGCCACGGGCCAGGACGCCGCACAAGUGGUCACGAGCAGCAAUUGCCUAACACACAUGGAAAAAACCCCCGACGCGGACCUCAAAAUCUCCGUAACGAUGCCCAGCCUCGAGGUCGGCACAAUCGGCGGCGGCACCUCCCUAUCGUCUCAAUCCAGCAUGUUGAAGCUGCUGGGCUGCAGGGAUGCAGACGCCGCAUAUGGGGCCAAUGCAAGUAGACUGGGUAGAGUAAUCGCUGGUGCCGUGUUGGCUGGAGAACUGAGUCUGAUGAGUGCGUUGGUGUCGCAGGAUUUGAUUGGCAGUCAUAUGCAGUUGAACAGGAAGUAA